CGCCCACCAACACUCACAGCAACACACAGGCCAGGCAGCCACUCUCAUAGCAGCCCACAGGCCAGCCAGUGCAGCCACUCUCACAGAAGCACACAGCAGACCAGUCACAGCCCCAUACAUACUAAGCAGCACCAUACCCAGUCACACAGGCAGGGACAGGAAGCCGGCAGUGCCUGUGUCAGAGCGGAAACCGCUGCGCCUGCGCACUGAGCUCGGCCGCUCCCUGCCUGCCGCUGCUGCACGGUGCUCCGGGUCAGGAUGGCAAAGAACACGGUGUCAGCCCGCUUUCGGAAGGUGGACGUGGACGAGUACGAUGAGAACAAGUUCGUGGAUGAGGAGGAGGCGGGUGACGGGCAGCAGGGUCCGGACGAGGGGGAAGUGGACGGAGCAAUCCGGGGAGGGAACAUGAUGGGGGCUCUACAGGCUGCUUUGAAGAAUCCACCACUUAACGCAAAGAAUCAGGCUGAAAAGGACCGAGCAGAGAGCGUAGUGCUGAAAGUUCUGAUGUCUAUUAAAACCAACGAGAUAGAGAAGGCUGUGCAGUCCCUGGACAAAAACAAUGUGGAUCUGCUAAUGAAAUACAUCUACAAAGGCUUUGAGAGUCCGUCUGACAACAGCAGUGCUGUGCUACUGCAGUGGCAUGAGAAGGCUUUGGCGGUGGGCGGAGUGGGCUCCAUAGUCCGCGUACUUACUGCCAGGAAGACAGUUUGAAUGUUCAUCCGGUUGUGAUAGAUGGAAGAGCUGGUGCCAAGACCAAAACUCUGAGCUGCAGCCUUGCUGUGGCCGGCCAUCCUUUGUCGCUGCCCACGUUUCUAGUCUUCCCUUCCUUUCUUCAGCUUUCAUUUUUGAUACUAUCAUGAACUACGCAUUACACGUGAGAGUGUGCCAUGGGUGCAGUGCUAUGUUGAUAUGAGUGUUAAGUUAUCAGCUUCUUAGUACACGCCCUCAAUGAGCUGGGCUCUGUUGAAUAACCGUCACCCUUCCCAUCUGUACAAGUUGCAGUGCUGUCUGCUCCUAGUUGAAUUGUAUUGCGCCUUAUAACCUCAUUCUUAGCAGGGGUAAUCGCAGCUUGGCUCCUGAACCUACCUGAAGCUCUUCCCUUAACUCCUGCUGCUGCCACACAUUCCCCACUAUUGGGACGAUUCUCUCAGGAGCUGCGUUUUGCAAUCUAGGGCUUUUAUAUCUCGGACCAAUGUCUGGAGACCUGUCAAGGCUUGACCAAUGCAAUUAUGGUAGCAGCGCCAUUGUUUUGUUGCAUUUAACUCCCUCAGGUCCUAGGUGUAUAAAGGGAUAAGUUAUGCAGUAAAAUGAUCACUAUGCUGCUUUAGCAACUUGGGUUCCCCAAUUCCACCAACAAAUGCUGAGCUCCAUGCGUCAGAUACUCAAAGUGAACCUUUCUGCCUGCACAUAGCAGGGUCUGCUGUUUCUUGGGCGGAACCAAUAGUCAUGAGAAUCACUGGUUAGGAACCAGAGCCUCAUACACAGUGGUCAGGCCUCAUGGUUGUAAGUCAUGUAGGGCGUGGGUGUCGGUUCCUAUUGAAUUCUCAUGAAUAUUGGUUUGAGUAAUAUAAUGACUGUGUCCACUGUGUGUAGGUGACGGAUGCUUUUGGAAGUUGUAGUACUUUGUAAAUAAAUGGUUUGCAGCCAUUUUUAGAUAUGGAUAGACUUUUAGGUCAAAUUGUGAGCUUUUUAAAUCUAUGUGGGCAUGUAUAUGUCUCACAUUGCCUAUUAGUAUAGACUGAGUCCAUGCAAGUUGUCCAUAAAUAAUGCAGCCAUUUGUUGUUCAUCCACCGGUGGCCUUGAUCAGCGUGUUUCUCAGUUCUAACCUCCAGCAACUCUAGGCUAGGGUUGAAGGAUAUCUCUGCCUAGUGUUAAUCUUGACUUGGCAGUGCCCACACAAAGAUAACCUUAAAACAGUGUCUGGUCGCUGGCUUCACAGUCUGGAACUGGGAAACUGGCCUUUAAAUCAAACUUCAGGCAGGCAGCUCUAUUUAGCACUGUCACAUUUUGUUUUUAAGUAUUAAAGCAACAGGGGAAGGCAGGAAUAUAAAAACAAAUUAUGGUUCUUAUGUGUCUGAUUAAUAUAAUAUAUAGUAAGGGGUAGGCACACUUUGGCUCUCCAGCUGUCGGUUGCAGGUAUGUUUUAUGAUGCUCACCCAACCUGCACACACUAUAAUGCUCAGUGAUCAGCUAAUCAGUCCAGCUGGCGUUCCAAAGCUUGUCAGACUUCUGUAGUAGUAUGUUAUCGAGGCUCUGCUAUAAACGGUUGUAUUGUACUAAGAAACCUCACAUCAUGGUGCUUUUUGACAAUCCAAAAGUACCCAAGUGCAGAGUUGUCUUCAUGGCAUCUGCAUCAUUCCGACAGGCUCACGGUUGAAAGGGUUAAUUCAUUUGCUGUACAGGGAUCCAUGUCGUAGAUCUGGUUGUGAAAAUCCUACUUUCUCUGCAGAGCAGACAGUAUAAUGGGACUUUCCUGGGUAUUCUCAUGUAUAAGUAGAUAAGAUUACGAGAAGGAAAGCACCUCUCAACCAUAUGCCCACAUGGGUUGAAGCCUUAAUCCGAUAUUUGCAGUAGGGGGCCGCUUAUGUUGGCAUUUCCAUUACUGGACCUGAAGCAGUGACAUAAUUAAAGUUUGCUAUGUUGUGGGGUUUUUUCUUGUAAAUUGUUUUUUUUUUUACAAAUUAAAUAUUGAUUUGGAUUAA